AUGCCUCCGCCAACGAAGCGUCGACGGGUAGAGCCCACUGUUAUCGAAGAAAUCAAAUUUGACCCGACUGCGCGCCACGAUUUCCUGACUGGAUUCCACAAGCGCAAGUUGCAGAGGGCAAAGCAGGCACAGGAGGCCGCCGAGCGGAGAGCAAGAGCAGAAAGGAUCGAGGAACGGAAGAAGCUGCGAGAACAGCGGAGAGCCGACCUUGAAAGACACGUGCAGGAAGUCAACGCUUUGUUGAGACCGCCGUCUGAUCAUGACGAGGAAGAUGAGGAGCGUGAACAGAGCUCAGAAGAAGAAUGGAGCGGUAUUUCAGAUUCGGAACCCGUUCCGCUACGUCACGAGACGGAAUAUAUCGAUGAAGAGAAGUACACCACAGUGACUGUUGAGGCGAUGGAUGUUUCCAAAGAAGGACUGUCCAAGGCGGAACAGAACCAGGACCAGCGUUCCCAGCAAUUCAUUGGAGAUUCUCCUGAAGGUUUGGGAAGUGGUCUGGACAAUAAGCAGAAAAGCCCAUGGACAACAAGCCGGCCAAAGGACAUUAAGAAGCGAAAGAAGAGAAACUUUCGAUAUGAGAGCAAGGCGGAACGGAAAGAGACACGAUCAAAGGAAAAGGCCAGAAAUCGGAAACAGGCUCGAGAUCGCAGGAGUGAUCAACGAUAA